AUGUCCCAGCUGUCUGACACUGUCGACGCCUUGAAACGCAACAUUGACGGAAUAUCGCAACUGUCCGACAUUGUCGACGCCUUGAAACGCGACAUGGGCAGCGAGCGGAACCGGACAGCUGCCCCGAUGAAGUGUGUUGGCGAGACAGUGUCGUCACAGCAAUGUCCAGACGAUUGGAGGAGACACCAGCGGUCCUGUUACCUGCUAGUGGACACGCCUGAAACAUGGCGAGAUGCCAGGGAAGAUUGUCAUCAGCUCCAGGCAGAUCUGGCGAGCCUUACUACCGCAGAUGAACAGACUUAUAUGGGAACACAGGUGGUGGGCGGCACCUACUGGUUCGGUCUGUCCGACAUUAUGGCAGAAGGCGACUGGCAGUGGGUGGACGGCACGGACUUUGACUCUGCAGUCACCAACUGGGCCCAACAUGAGCCAAACAACCUGAAGAAAGGUGAGGACUGUGCCCAGAUCUGGCAUAAUGGACGAUGGAAUGACCAGACAUGCACAAACAAGCAUGCAUACAUCUGUGAGAAACGGACUGGCAAGGCUCUUGCCCUCCUAGUGAGCCAGCUGGUUGAGGCUUGA